AGCCGAGUCCUGAUAUAUCUACCGAGUUUGGAGAAGCAAUAAUUGCUGAGAUUUAAUUUUUUCAGACAUUACAUUCUUCGGUGGGUGGAGGAAAAUUCUUGGGGUUCAGACGACCUUGAAAAACGUUGAGUGACUGUAGCCAGAGCAAAUGUUAAAAAUCAGCGAUGCGGCGUCGGCAGGGCAGCCUCUUUUGCCGCAUCGCGAAAUUAAAUGCUAUAAGGUGCAACUGUGUCGGUUUCUCGGACUGGAGGACUGGCGUCAGGGAGGAAGAUAAGCAACGGCAGGCAAGAUAAAGCUCUCCUGCUCUUACAGCAGCCGCAAGCUCCUCCCUGCAGUUUCCGAAGCUACGGAUUUACUAUAAAUUCAGUUGAGCAGAUCUCGCUACGGUCAGACGAUAGGUUUGCAGCUUCUGCUGCACUGUCAGGACCGCUGUGACUGACUGCUUGUACCACCACGUUGUCGUUAACAACACUUAUGGUCACGUGCUGUGAACAUUUGGUUGAAACACAACCAUCCGACAUGGAUAAAGAAAAGUGCACCCCCGUUCGGGAAUCGGGAAAAUAUCAACAAAUCAUCGCUGCUGUGACAAUCAACCUGGCCGCUUUCGCAUACGGAACAAUGGCGGGCUGGACAUCACCUAUGACACCCCAACUCCAGAGUGAAAAUCCUCCGGUUGGAAUUGAGCCGAUGUCGGAUGAGGGUGCUUCGUGGCUUGGAGGCUCCCUCUGCGUUGGAGGUCUUCUGGGUACUCCGCUCUUUGGCAUGAUGGCAGAAAAAUUCGGGCGUAAGACUGCCGGUUACUUGCUAGCGAUGCCCUACGGAAUUUGCUGGCUCGUCACGAUAUUCGCCCAGGAUCAGAGCUACCUCUUCGUGGCUCGUUUCUUCGCCGGAAUCGGUGGCGCCGGAAGUAUUUUGGUGGUUCCUCUCUACGUCGGGGAAAUCGCGAGCAGCGACAUCCGUGGGAUGCUUGGUAGUCUGCUAGUCUUCUUCAUCAACCUUGGUAUCCUCCUCACAUACGUUCUGGGGACUCUCCUGUCCUUCCGUGUGUUCGCCAUUUGUGCCUCAGUUAUCCCCGUGGUUUACCUCGGGGCGUUUAUAUUCAUGCCCGAAUCGCCGACGUACCUCGUUCGUUGUGACCGGAUGUCAGAGGCCGGAAGAUCUUUGCUGUGGCUUCGAGGUGGCGACCGACAAGUGGUGGACAAGGAGCUCGUAUUUCUGACCUCAAUGACCAAGGAGUCGAUCGCGUCACAGCAGAAGGUCGGCUUCAAGGACUUGUUCAAAACCCGACGAACAAUCAAGGGUGUGAUGAUCGCGUUCGGCCUCCUUGGCGGGCAACAACUCUGCGGAAUAUUUGCCAUAGUGAGUUACUCGGCGACGAUAUUCAAGGCUGCAGGCAGUUCGUUGUCCCCUGACACGGCCGCCAUCAUUGUUGGAGCCAUUCAAGUAUUUGGCUCGAACAUGUCGACCGCGUUGAUGGAACGUGCUGGAAGAAGACUGUUGAUUCUGAUAUCUUGCGCCGGUAUGUCCGUCUGCCUCUGCACCCUCGGCUUCUUUUCCUAUCUCCAAAACCACGGCUACGAGGUAACGGCCUUCUGCUGGAUUCCCGUCACCGCGUUGUCGGCUUACGUUAUAGUCUACUCCCUGGGCAUGGGUCCAGUGCCUUUUGUCAUCGCCUCGGAAGUCUUCAGCCCAGAGAUUGCCGGGCUGGCCAAUUCCGUCUCCAUGGAGUUUUUAUGGAUACUGGCCUUCCUGGUUUUGAAAUUUUUCCCGACCAUUUCUGCUCUCGUCGGUAUUUACGGGUGCUUCUUUAUCUUCGGCGGGUUCACCGCCCUCACCUUCGUCUUCACGUGGAUUUUCGUCCCGGAAACCAAGGGCCGGUCUCUCGACUCAAUUCUUCAAGAACUUGACGGAAACUCGAAACGCAAGGACCGUGCGAAAUACAUCACGACCGAAAGUUCAAAUAAAACGGGGGCAAGUUCGACCCCACCAACUCAGGUAUAGCUUAUAAAAGAUUUGUUUAUAGAGCGAUAUUGUGGUUUUCGCGUUUUUACGUAGGUGAGUGAUCAAGUCUAGGCAGCUUUGUGCUGUUACGAUUUCGCAGUCGUGCCUUUUGAAAUAAGCGUCAGAAAAAGUUAAAUUUCGCAGAAAGAUUCGGUAAACCAGAGUUUAGAAUAGCUCGGUAGAUUUCUAGUAAAAAAAAAAAAAAACAUUGCAUAUAUUUUCAUUAGCUAUUUGGAUGUGUGACGUAGUGUAUGAGGAGAGAAAACUCUAACGUGAUAAGUACUAGUUAUUUUUUGAAAAAUUUUACACAAAUAUCGAAUGUCGAAUUGUACGUUAUAUAGGAGUAUUCAAAUUCUACAACGACGUCAGCUUUUGUUACCAAGCGAAUAUUGUGAAGUAGAAACAAUUCCAAAUUUAGUUCAAUAUUCAGUUGA